AUCCGACCUCUGUCCUGAGAGUUUAUAGUACACAUAUAUCGUCUCCCCUUUCCUGAAAGAUAGGAACCUACAGUCUGGUCCGGAGAAGUCAUCUGAGGCUUUCCCCCGACACAGAAGCACUGAGGACAGAAAAAUUCACAGGUUGGCAUAAUAAUGCUCCAUGUCACUGAAGAAAAUUAGGCUUUAAGCUUAACUGUAGACAACGAAUUUCAUCGACACGAGUGAAACAUGGACGAUAUUGAAGCUGAGCUGAACGCGGCAUCAAACAUAUACGGAAAUGGCGAAUUUGACGAUAACACAUGGGGUGGAAGUAGUGUUAAAUCAUCAUCCUCUCUCUUGCCGCCAGCAGUAUGUCCAGAGAGGCCGAAAGAGACUGGAUUUCAUAAGACUUUAAGACUAUGCCUGGGGAGCGUUAGGGACGCCAUGCUCCAUCAUCGGUGGGAGGACGCAGCUAAAUACAUAUCACAUUAUACGCAUGCACUUGAGGACACGGAUAGUGCCAAUCAACUAAUAGCGUCAGAGAUCGUGUGGCGUCUUGGCUGUGAGAUUUUGCACCACCAUCCCAACUCCAAGCCUGAGGAUAUAAUUGAUCUCUAUGAACGAAUGAAAAACUUCGGGGUGAAAAACUUUGCAAAGAUUAGUCUGGAUCAUGCGUUCCAUCUGCUGGUGAGUAGCCAACCUGAGGAGGCCAGAAGGCAGCUGUCCAUUGCAGAGAGCUGGAGAUAUGGCAGACAGUCUGCCGCCCAGUCGCAGGAUUUGAAUCUCAUCCGCGCCUACCGUGGCUUCCUGGAUUACAUCACCUGGCGCAACAGAAGGUCCACAGCAGACGAGGCAGAUCACCAUGACGACAGCAGUAACCCGGAGAUGCACAGCUACUUCCGGCAAGCCUCUGUGACGCUUAAGGAGGUCAUCAGACACCCCGGCACCUGGGACCCUUUCGUGCUCGGCUACAUUGACAUGUUAGAAUUCUACAAUGAUCAGAAGGGUGCCGAGAAGGUUCUGAAGGAUUACGCGUACGACAAGGCAUUCCCAGCCAAUCCCAAUGCCCACAUCUACCUGUAUGAGUUUCUGAAGAGGAACGAUGCCCCCAAGAAGAAACUAAUGAAAGUGCUGGAGAUCCUGCAGGUGCUGGUACCCUCGCAUAAGUUGGCGCUGGAGUAUUGUCCUCUUCUUGUCGACUCAGAAGAUGAUGGAAACCUUGGAAAGGCACUUCAGGUGAUCAUGGACCUUCUUGAGUACACCAGCUGGAAGCAUAGUGUGAAUGCUUGGAAGUGUCUGUGGGUCGUUGUCUUCUCAAUGUUGCAAAGGCAUCUUCAGGAUGCGGUCCAACAGGAGUGGCAGAAGAGGAGUGAACUGUGGCUGGCGCUGCACUUCAGGACCUACCACGCCAAGAAGGACGCCCAGGUGGACCGGGACCUGCUGCUGCUGAAGACCCGGGUCCUCCUGACGUUUGCUGGACGGAAUCCAGAGUACCGCAAAGCUGCCACAAAGUUAAUCUCUGGCAACAAUGUGGAUGACUGAUGCCCGACGCCUGAAUGCUGAAAGAGAAAAAUGGCACUUCUCAAGUUGUGUGUUUUUCACUCAAGUUCAGAACGUCCUCACUGUGGACUGAUGCAGUUGGAACAUAGAAGAAACUGAAUGAGAAGAAAAAGAAUGAAACGAAAGGAGUUAAUACUUUGUUUGAAGCUUUUAGUUGAGGCCUCUGUCAGCUAGUUCUGACUGUGUACGCCUCAAUAAGUCUUGAUGGGAGAGCUAAUGUGGUUAUGUUUGAGGAACUGGAAUAUUUCCACCACAAGGUGGUGCUCAUCCUGCAGUGAAGUAUUUUCCACCCUUACUGCUGAAUGCAGUGGCAUGAUUGAGGUUGUGUGUUCGUUUGUCCUCAGUUGACUCAUGUCUUACUCAUAAAUCAUCCAACUGCUCUCAAAGACUGGAAAUGAACGUGGAUUUUUCUGUGAAUGGCACUGUUCAAGUGUCCUUUUCACAACAAUGCCAAAGCAAAGACUGAAGUGGCCUUCACCGACGCAGAUUCUACUGGGCAUCACUGUGUUGUAUUAAAGCAGUAAGAGGUCAUGUUAUAUUUUCUACUGGGCAUCACUGUUUUGUAUUAAAGCAGUAAGAUGUCAUGUUA